AUGGAGUGCAGUUCAGACGAGUCGUCAGAGCUAAGUGAUACUGAUAGCCAUGACUAUGCUGACAAGGCGUACACGGACCUCAAGUCUGGCAGGCUUGUGGCGAGGUUCGGCGCCGACAGGUUUAGAUGCCCGUUCUGCCCCGGGAAGGAGGACUACCGUUACAAUGAGCUGCUUCAGCAUGCAAUUGGUGUGGGCGCAUCCAACCAUGCUGCCGAAGUGAAGACAAACCAUCUGGCAUUGGCCAAUCAUCUCAAGACGGACUAUGCUAAUGCAGCAGGCUCAUUGCCGCCGCGACAAGACGAGGCGCUAAUGAAUCCUCCAAGGCCUGUGCAAGAUCAGGAGCUGUUUGUUUGGCCCUGGAUGCGCAUCCUUGCCAAUGUUGCAGUAGAGGAAACACAGAGAGGUGGAGCCAUUAUAAUGCAACAAUUAGCUGGUUUCAAACCCAUACGUUUUGAUGCUGUGCAUUGUCCUGACGGCGGGUACACUGGCUUUGCAAUAGUCCGUUUCAAAAAGGAUUGGAUCGGGUUCAAGGAUACCUUGGGAUUCCACAACUACUACAAAUCACAUCAUCUGGGUAAAACGGAUUGGGAUGCAAAUAAAUGUAAGAAGUACAUGUUUGCUUGGCUGGCAAAAGAGGAGGACUACAAAGCCGAUGAUCCAGUUGGCAAGUUCUUGUCAGAAAAUGGUGAUCUGAAGACAGUGGCUGAACUGCAACAGGAGAUGUCCCACAAGACUGACACUCUCAUAACUCGUUUGACGAGCCAGAUUAGUGCUAAGAGCAAGUACUUGAUGGAACUUGAGUGCAAGUGUAAUCAUAUGGACCUCGCUCUUCAAAGGGCCAUGGAAGACAGCGACUUGCUGCACCAACGCUACAACGAAGAAAUCGGAAAGGUGCAGUCAACUGCCCGUGAACAUUCAUUGAAUUUUUUUCAUGAGACUGAUCAGCUGAGAAAGCAGUUGGAUGAGAAAGCGAACGACAUCAAAAGGAGAUCCAAGCAAUUAAGUGAAAUAGUUGCUCAAACUGACAUGGAAAGAAGAAAACUUGAGAAUGAGAGGAAGAAGAAUGAUGGUCAAAACGACUCCCUUAACAUGGCCAGAAUUGAGCAAGAAAAAGCCAAUGAAAGUGUGCUGAUUCUUGUUGAGAAAUACGAGAAAGACAAGGAAGACGCUCUGAACACAACCUUGCAGUUAGAGAAGCAGCUUGAUGAGAAGCAUCGGCUGCAGCUGGAUAUUCAACAGCUUAGAGGCAAACUGGAGGUGGUGAAGCACAUGGAGGGAGAGGGCGUUGGUGUGAAGAAACGUACCGAAGAGCUGAAUAAGGAUCUACAGGAUAGAAUCGAUGCAACGGGAGACCUUGAAGAACUAAAUCAAGCUCUGAUUAUCAAGGAAAGGAUGACCAAUGAUGAAUUGCAGGAUGCAAAGAAAGAGCCUAUUUUGGGCUCGGUGGAUCUGUCGGGCCCUCGUAGCGACACUGGAAUCAGGAGGAUGGGUCAAGUGGAUGAGAAGCCGUUUGUUGAAGCUUGCAAGCCAAAGCACGGCGCGGAGGCGGAUGCUAAAGCUCUUGAAUUAUGCUCCAUGUGGCAAGACAAUCUGAGGGAUGCUAAUUGGCACCCUUUCAAGAUAGUGACCACAGGUGAAAAGCCUGAGCAAAUCAUCGACGAGGGUGACGAGAAGCUGGUGGAGUUGAAGGAGGAGCUGGGUGAAGAGGUUUACAAGGAGGAGAUGAACAACAAAGAGACCAUCCUCAAGCAGUGCAAGGCGAAACGUAAGAGGUGAUAGAUGUAUCGUAGUCGGCGCAAUCAGUGGUUUUCAUCUCGGGCGUGGAUUAGAGAAGACUUGACAACUGUUUCCUUUUAAUAAUGUUGGUGGCAAGUUCAUGUGCUGCUCAGUCAGUUUGAGAGCAGUGCUGUAUGGGAACCCCUUUUAUUCCAUUCGGAGUUGGCAGACAAUGAUCGCAAUGAAUCGUGUUUUCUUCCUUAUCAUUGGUUCUUUUUUCCGCAAUGGAUCGCCUAAUUGUCUUUCCUGAGUGUGUUUUUUCAGCCAACAUAUUUUUUUGUGAGGAUGAACUCGCCACUUGUGUGCUCUAAAGUCACAUGUUUUUGACGUUUU